UCGGUAUUAUACACUGAGAGUCAGUCAGAGUUUACUUUAAUAAUUAUUUUUGGAUCAAAUUGUUCUAGACUGUUGGUGCCCAGUGAAAUAUAGCCUUAAUGACCUAAAUUAAGACAGCCGUCAAAAUGAAAAAUAAGGACACGGGACAGUGAACUCUUUAUUCAGGUUAACUACAUUUGAGUUUGCAGACUAAUGUAGAUUAAUAGAUAGGAGAUUGUAUGACGUUUGUAGGUUUAGCGCUUAAUUUUUAUUUAAAAAUAAUAAUAAUAGGAAAGUAGUAUCUGGGCCGCUGCUCUGGAUGAUCAUUGUAUUUCUGUAUAUACGCUGUCAUGUGUUGUAAGGUUAUAGUAUUCUUCCCUUAGUAUUAUAUUUACUCAAAAGACCAGAGUUAAUUAAUGGCCUUUAGUGGAAGAAAUACCAAGAGCAGAGAGUUUACACGGACACAAGGCAGCUGAUGGUUGACACAUGGGGCCCAGGACAGUGUCAACAACCAAGGUGGAGAUAUGGAUGUAGGGAGUUAAGGACAAGGAUAAUACUAUGGAAAAUUCUAGCUAUAACAGCUGCAUGUAUGUCUGAAAGAAGGAAUUGCAGCAUAUGCAAUAUGUGAGAAUAGAAAGAAAAAAGGCAGAAACAGAGGCAUCCACCACCUUCGAUGCCAGAAUCCAUCAUAACUUCAGCGACCACCUCAGAAACAUUACAGAAACUACUUCCCUUAACAUCAGUGCUUCUGCCUUGUACACCACUUAUGCCACUAUCUCACUACCACCACAGCAAUAAAGGCAGCCUCUGUCUUGUCCACCACCAAAGAUGAGUCAAGACCCUGACCAUCCUGCAGGGAAUUUAUCUUAGACUCAUCAUUAUCAUCACCUUCACCCUGAUCACAUUCAUGAUCACUGCCAUCACUAUCAGAGCAGUUCUACCUCUUUAUUACAGAAAUCUGAGACUGAGAGUGGCACUAUGACAUGCAGUACAGCAGACUCCAUGAAAAUGAUGAAGGCAAAGAUGAAAUCGCAAAGUUUAUUGAGUAGAAUCAGUUUAAUCAUUAUUAAUGGUCUAGAGCAUGCCUUCUACACCUAUGGUACUGCCAUUGCUCUCCGUCCAGCUGUUUUCAUUACUUUGUGUGUAAUUAUUACUGCCAGCUUCUCUACAGGCUUACUUAACUUCACAAUGGAAGAUCGCCCAUUCAAACUUUGGAUACCCCAGGAUUCAGAUUUUAUUAAAGUGAUGGAGUGGCAAAAGGAAAACUACCCAGCUGAGUUCAGACUUCAUGUUUCUAUAUAUGAAGCUGAAAAUGUAUUAGACAAAAGUGCACUCCUGGAGAUGUUUAGAGUCCAUGAAGCUGUUGCCAGUGCUUCAACAGUCAAUGCAACAUGGGACUCGGUGUGUGCCAAAAUGCCAACGAUAGUUAACUCUUUCUUCAGUCGCAAGAGGAGAACUGUGAACCAAGAUAUAAUCUCAGGAGGACAGAAGAUGCAUCUCAAUGCAUCACUGAGAACAAAGCGAGAUGAUGAAAAAAAUGGAUACGACUGGAGUACUGUUCUUGAUAGAGGGAUAUACUGUGGUUUUCUUGAGACAAUGGAACAAAAAUGUAUGGAACACAGCAUCCUUGAAAUCUGGGGAUAUGAUGAAGAAAUAAUCAAUAACCUUACACCGGAUCAGAUCAUCAAGGAUGUAAACACAGCAGAAAUAAGUGCUGUUUUUGGUUUCCCAACAAACUUUACAGAAUUUUUGGGAAAGGUAGAAAAAGAUAGUAAAGGACGAAUAGUUAAAGCAGGAGCUUCUAAGCAGAUGUGGAUUACUCGCAUAAACCUGACAGCAGUCAAUGAUGGCAGUUUCGUGGAUGAUGGAGGAACUGGCAUGGAAGUAGAUACUGUUAGCUUUCAUUGGGAAAAAGAACUUAUUAAAGCUGUUCUUAAUGAGAGUGAGCGGCCAGACAAUAUAACUGUAUAUCUCAUGGCAUCUUCAAGCUUUGGUAUGAUUAGUGAAGAUACAAUAAUAGGAGAUAUACAGUUUUUGGCUGUUGGUUUUGGUGUAGUGUUUAUAUACAUUCAAAUCAUGCUAGGAAAAUUUAAUAUGGUUGAACAAAGACCCUUAUUAUCACUGAUGGGGUUAUUGUGUGUUGGAAUGUCAAUUUUUGUAUCAUAUGGAAUUUGUUCAGUGUUUGAUGUGCCUUUUGGCCCUGUAAACAAUGUUUUACCUUUCCUUCUCCUUGGGCUUGGAGUGGAUGAUAUGUUUGUAAUAAUGCAAGCAUGGAACAACCUUAGUCAGCAGGAGAAAAAGCAAGAGCUAACAGAACGAAUUGGAUAUGCUCUGAAGAAUGCUGGUGUUUCUAUAACAGUUACCUCUUUAACUGACUUUGCUGCCUUUGCUAUAGGCAGUGGAACAGUUCUACCAGCACUGAGAUACUUUUGCUUGUAUGCUGCUGUGGGAAUAGCUGCUGUUUACUUCUUUCAGGCCACAUUCUUUGUAGCCUGGUUUGUAUUAGACCAGAGAAGGUUAGAAGAUAAUCGUCAUGGAUUCAUAUGGUGCUGGCAACUUAAGAACUGGACUCCUAACCAGUGUAGUCAGAGAGAUCUCUGCCAGACUUUCUUUAGUGAAGUUUAUGCUAAGUUCCUUUUUAAAUUUCCAGUGAAGAUCUUUGUUCUUCUUGUGACAGCAGCUUUCUUAGCAGUGUCCGGAUGGGGACUUUCUAACCUACGACAAGAGUUUAAUCCUAUUUGGUUCCUUCCUCAGAGCUCCUACCUUUUUAAGUUCUUUAUGAAGCAAGAAUAUUAUUUUCCAACAUCUGGGGAAAUGGGAUUUAUUUAUUUUGGUAAAAUGAAUUAUUUGGAUGAGCUCCCAAAAAUUGAAGAAUUAAUGACACAGAUGAAGGAAAGUGAAUAUAUUAGUGAAAUUGAUAGUUGGUAUUUGAAAUACAAAAGUUAUUGGGAAAAACAAGGACAUUCAGUGCCUGAACCAGAUGAAACUGAGGAGGAAUUUCUUGAUCAACUUGGGAUGUUUCUUCAUAGUCCAAGCGGGUCAAAAUUCCGUAUUAGGAAUUUCCAUUUUGAUGGAAUCUUAAACUGCACAGAACCAGCUCCUCAGAUUUUGGCAUCCAGUAUAGAAUAUAAGCAUCGUUACUUUUCAGGGUCACGAGAGCAAAUCAGAGCAAUGGACGACCUCAAAUCUAUAGUACAAAGAAUGAACUUCAGUGGUUAUGUGCAGCCUUUUGCACGAGCAUACAGCGGUUGGGAGACAGACAAAAUUAUUGAAAAGGAGCUCUAUCAGAAUAUGGGGCUUGCCAUGAUGGUUGUAUUUAUUGUGACACUUGCUCUGAUUGCAAACUUGAUCACUAGUGUGAUGGUGUUAUUGUGUGUUAUAAUGACACUUGUGGAUGUGGGAGCUCUAAUGCACUGGUGGGGCCUCACUAUUGACACUGUUUCAUGCAUUGAUAUUGUCUUGGCCAUUGGCCUCUGUGUAGACUACGCUGCUCACAUAGGCCAUACAUUUAUGACUAAGAAAGGAACAAGGAAUGAGCGUGCAAGACUCACGGUUGCCACCAUCGGUCCAGCUGUUCUAAAUGGAGGCUUCACCACCUUCCUAGCUUUUGUCUUCUUAGUCAACUCAGACUCGCAUGUCUUUAUCACAUUUUUUAAGAUAUUCUUUGCUGUGGUCUUUUAUGGCUUGUUCCAUGGACUUGUUUUUCUUCCUGUUCUGCUGUCGCUAGUUGGCCCACCACCUUACUUUACCUAUGAUGAGGACAAAUCAGAAGAGGCUGAAGUGAUGUGUCUUGAGGCUGGACAGUCCUGUCAGCAACAGGGAAGAGAUGGUGCUGAGGAGGAAAUUAAAACAGUGGAAGGCCUCAGUGAACCAUUGAAUAGUUUUCAUAAAAGUACAAAUCUCAGUUCAGCAGGCACCAGUGUCUCAAAAAAGAGUGGAAUCAUUCAAGGUAAGUAAUUUUGAAUUCUUUGAGAUUUUCAUUGAGUAUACCAUAUCCAUGUAACCUACUUACACUACAGUUUGUAAUAAGUGUAUUUGUUUGUAAUGCAUGUUGCUCAGGGUAGGCUUCCCAUGUGUUUAUGUGGGAUGAGCUCUUAUAUCUGGUGUAUCAGUAGUGUUGUCCACUAGUGAUGUGCCUUUAGUGCACACGACACUCACACCAAGUGAUUAUGUCAUCUAUACUAAUAGUAAUGUAAAAGCAUGUGUUAAUACGUAUUUAUAUUUGCUGUAUCUAUAUGUAGCAAAAAGAGGAGAGCAAAUCUCUUGGUGUCCCUUCUUUGAUAAAUUAUUUAAUUUAUUAUUUAAUUUUGUUGAAAUUUUAAGUGGUUGUAGUACUUACUACCUUCUCUUAUAACUUAAUCCAAAUAGGUUCUAGCAUCCCUUUGGCACUUCUUUCUUAGCUUAUCACGAAGACCUUUUGUUGUCUCUCUUGAUAGUGGUAGGAAAUCUUUAUAACCGUUUCUUUCAUAUUCUUCAAGGGCAUGUCUAAUGCCUUCACUCUCUCUUCAUAGCUGAUAUCUUAUAGCACUGGCAGCCAUUUUGUAACUCAUUAAUGACUAUCUUGUCCAUAUGUUUUCAAGUGUAAAUACAUUAGUAUGGAAUAUGGUACCUAUCAUGUUAUGAUAGGUGUGUGAAAUGAAAGUCUGUUAAAUGUUUUGCAAUGUGGUAGGAUUUCUCGCCUUUUCUUUCUGUCUCAUAAAUAUUUACAAUGGAAAUUAAAACUUAUCUUAGGUAAACAUAUUAAUAAAUGUAUACCCUAGUGGUCACUUGGAUUUGCUAUGAUCAUUAGAUUCAUACGUGCCACAUGGAGCAUGUACUGAUAUAAUCACAACUAUCUUCUACAGUGGAACCUCAACUUACGAGUUUAAUCCGUUCCAUUGCCUAGCUCAUAACUCAGUUUGCUCGUAUAUCAAAACAGUUUUAUUCAUUUAACCCUUAAAUGGUCCAAACGUAUAUAUACGUUUUUUCAACAUAUGAAAGUAUGUAAAAAAAUGUAGAUCUUCUUUUUUGUUUUACAUUUGAAAACGUGUAAAAAAAACUUUUAUCUACAUUUUUUUUUGUUUGAAAAUAUGUAAAAAAAACGUAGAUCUACUUUUGUAGCACUUCGAAUUUGAACGUCGAUCUGUUUGGACCGUUUAAGGGUUAUUAAAUUAAUGGAAAUGCCAUUAAUCCAUUCCAGCGGAAUUCCUGCUCUCAGGAGGCAGGAUGAAAUACUUCAAUAUGAUGCUUAUUUAUCUAUCACAAUUCAUCUAAUAUGACAUAAUAAAAAUAUAGGUAAUAUAUAAACAUGAUAUGUACUCUAGAAUGAAUAAAAUAUGUCAUUAUGUGACUAGUGGUGGCAGCGGCAGCCAUUCCCGCUCCCGCUCUAUUUUCCCAUGCUCUUAUUAUAAGAGAAAAUGGAGUGUUUAUGAGGCUGACUGCACUAGGUCACUAGUUUCAUAAGGAAAACACUGAAACAAUGUACAGUGGAACCUUGACUUACAAGUUUAAUCCAUUCCAGGAGCUAGCUCGUAACUCAAUUUACUCGUAUAUCAAAUUAAUUUUCCUCAUUUAAAUUAAUUGAAAAGCUAUUAAUUCAUUCCAGCACUCUGGAGAGAUGAGAAAAAAUACUUGAAUAUGACACUAUUAUCAACUGUAUGGUUUAUUUAUCUAUCAUAAUUCAUCUAAUAUGACAUAAUAAACAAUAUAAUUAGCAGAGAAACAUGAUAUAUACUCUAGAAUGAAUAAAAUUUGACUAUAGUAUCUUCCCAUGUUCUUACUGUAAGAGAAAAUGGAGUAUUUUUGAGGCUAACUGCAAUAGAUCACUAGGACUCAUGGUUAGGAAAAAGAAAUUUGGCCAAAUGACUGUAAAAAAAUGCAAACAAGCAUGAGAGAACUGCCCCCGCAUGGAUAUAAACAUGUUUACUGCUUACCAGCUGUGCCAACUAGCAGAAGCAAUCUGAAUUAUUAUU